GAGAUCGAGAGAGAGCACCACAAGCCUCCUGGUCCUGAGACCGCUGGGCCGGCCCCCAGAAGGCUCCGCAGCAUGUGGGAGUUGCGGUCCAUAGCCUUCUCCAGGGCCGUGUUCGCAGAGUUCCUGGCCACGCUCCUCUUCGUCUUCUUUGGCCUUGGCUCGGCCCUCAAGUGGCCGCAGGCCCUGCCCUCUGUGCUGCAGAUCUCCAUGGCCUUCGGCCUACUCAUCAGCACCCUGGUGCAGGCUCUGGGUCACAUCAGCGGGGCCCACAUCAACCCUGCCGUGACCGUGGCCUGCCUGGUGGGCUGCCAUGUCUCCUUCCUCCGUGCUGCCUUCUAUGUGGCCGCCCAGGUGCUGGGGGCUGUGGCAGGGGCUGCUCUGCUCCAUGAGAUCACGCCAGUGGACAUCCGCGGGGACCUGGCUGUCAAUACUCUCGGCAACAACACGACACCUGGCCAGGCGGUGACUGUGGAGCUCUUCCUGACCCUGCAGCUGGUGCUCUGCAUCUUUGCCUCCACCGAUGAACGCCGCGGAGACAACCUGGGCGCCCCUGCCCUCUCCAUCGGCUUCUCUGUGGCCCUGGGCCACCUCUUUGGGAUCUACUACACUGGCUGUUCCAUGAAUCCUGCCCGCUCCCUGGCUCCAGCUGUCAUCACCGGCAAGUUUGAUGACCACUGGGUCUUCUGGAUUGGACCCCUGGUUGGCGCCGUCCUGGGCUCCCUGCUCUACAACUACGUGCUGUUCCCCCAGGCCAAGAGCCUGUCGGAGCGCCUGGCAGUGCUGAAGGGUCUGGAGCCGGACACCGACUGGGAGGAGCGCGAGGUGCGGCGGCGGCAGUCGGUGGAGCUGCACUCGCCGCAGAGCCUGCCGCGGGGCAGCAAGGCCUGAGCGAGCCGCCCGCCUCGACGCCCCAACGCCCAGGCCCUGACCGACGCCCGAGCAGAGCAGCUACUUGCACGACGUGCAGGGCCGCGGGGGCUGAGCGGGUAGCGGGCGGGAAGGGGGCUAUGCGGUAGCGGCGAGCCUGGCAGAUCCCCUGCCCCGGGCUGUGGGCCGCAGGUGGUUGACCCCCUGGCCCCUUGCAGGGAACUGGGGAUCUGGGGACUGAGCUGGGGAGGGAGGAUUCACACAUGUAGGCGGGAAGAGGAAAGUUCUUAAGAGCCUGAACCCAGGUCCUGGGUGGGGAGUGCACAGACCCUGGCUUUGGGGGGUCUGGGAAUAGUGCACCCAAUUUUGCUAGUGUGCAAGUGUGUGUACAUCCCCCAUGCCUCUCUGUCCUCACGUGCAGGGUUGUGUGUGCCCCCGAGUGCCUCUGGUGGUGCAAGUGUGCACAGCUGGGGACUUCUCACUCCCCCUAGGAUCCCUUCCUCCCCCACCUGCAAUAAAUCCACUUCCUCUGUAGUGGAUGAGUCCUGGAUGCCAAUCAUCGCCAGGAGAAGGGGAGGAGAGGAUCUGAAGGCCGCUUUGAGAGAGGUAAACGGAGAGUCCUGAUUUCCAACCCCUACCUUGCCCCUCCUUCCUCCUCCCCAGCUGCAGCACUGGGCCCCAAGACUUGCCAGGACCUAUUGCUGAAAGUAGAGAGGUGUCAAUCAGAGAACAACUCCCCUAGAAAUGGCCUCUGGAAAAAAGAUGGCUGGGUGGCUAAGGAUUUCCUUUUUGCCCUGAGGGAGGACCUCUCCAAAGGGGGAAGCAGGCAUAUGUGUGUCCGCGUGUGUAUGUGUGUGUGUGUAUGCUGUGUGUGCAGAGGACCCUCAUCUCCAGUCCCCCCCCACACCCAGAGAUUAGCCUCCCACUUCAGCAGAGAAAACAACAGCACUUUGUGGGCCCCUAGCCUUUGUCUUGGGAGAGGGGGAGAUUUGCAACUAGACACUUCUUGAAAGGAGACACUCUGUUUCGCAAGUGAGCCUCUCACCCAGCACACACCUAUGGCUGGCUGGGCAAGGCGCUCAGGCAUGCAACCACCAGCACCAGGCAACGCCCCUGCACCACGGGUUCCACUCUCAGCACCCCCAACCCCGCCCCCAGGCAGCAGCUCCUCCUUCCCAGGAACCCCUGUUCCUUCCCUCCCUUCCUCCCCUCAUCCCGUGCUCACCCCUUUCUGGCUCCCAGCCCUGGACAGUUACUGUGGUCAGAGCAGCCUGCUGCUCAGCACCAGAGAAGGGAAAUGACUUGUCCAGGCAGAGACAAGUCUGAGUCUAGAAUCCAGGCUUCUAAAUUUCCAGGCCAGGGCAAAGGUUCUCAAAUGAGAUUAACUGGGAUUAAGUGAGAUGAUACAUGUAAAGAGGCUGUGUGAACUGUAAUUCUUAAUACCAUUAUCACGCAUUACUAGGAUCAUUUCAUUAUUUCUGCUUCCUGGGGGAAGAAGGCAGAAGAGGCCUGACCCUCCGCCUCCUUUACCUCCUUUAGUCGGUGGUCAAAGCAAAGGAGAGUCCUGGGAGCCCCAAGGCCCAGGUAGAAGGAGAUGGGUUUGGGGCUGGCCCCAUCCUGGUCCAGUCUCUUAACCUGUCCUUACCCAGAGUGCACCCUGGUUGUUCUCCCACUCCCUUCCUCCCUCUGCCCAGCCCCAUCCAUUCUCUCCCUCCUGACUGCUGCAUAACUAACCUAAGGGUCACACCUAGAGGCCCCCUCUCCAUGUUCUCCGUGGCCCCUGUGCUUUCAAGGCUUCUGUCUGUGUCUGUCCCACAUUGCACCUGCAUCCCCUCUGUACCAGGCACUAUGUCUAGCCUCUUCCUCCCUUCUACCCCCUUCAAAAAUGCACUGUGCAUAGAACAUCUCUGUAAUUGUACCUCCUCUCAUCUAGGCUCAGGUCUGUCUUCCUUGACCAAAGCUCUCUUUGGGGUCAGAAAAAGGCUUCCCUGGGCCAUAGGUACUAUGGGGAGCACUCUCUCAAACCCCCAACAGCUAGUGACAGCCACCUGGCCUCACUGCUGGGGGAGGGCUAGAGCCAGAACCCAAGGUGACCUCCGGGGCUGUCCUCCUGGUAGCUGAGUGUCCUUGCUUCUAGAAGUUAAAAGGCAGAAAGGCACUAAGCCGGGAGCCCAGCCUGGAUGUGUCUCAGGCCCCUCAUCCCCACCCUGUCUCACCCCAAGAAACCCCUCUAGAAAGUACCAAGAAUUUCUCUCUAGGUCUAUUCAACUUCCUGGAUUGCAUCUCCCCAAAAACUAAAUGUGAGAUCCCCACCACUUCCAGCCCCUAUUGCCCAAAUUGGGGUCAGAGGUCAAAGCAGGAUUCCAAGUGAUGGGGUGGAGGGAGCACCUCUUGUGUACCAGCCGCUGUGCUGGGUGCCUUAGGUGCAUUAGCCCAGCCGAUCCUCCUAAAAUUUCAGACAGGUUAGGGAAGGACAAAGGCCAGCAGCCAUGAAGGGUUUUACUAUUUCCAAAUCUCUCCAUUAUCAUCCCCUGUGAUUAUCGCCAACCCUGUUGGCGAUACAAAUGCUGUUCUUCCCAUUUUAUACAUUCAGAAACCAAGGCUAAGAAAUGAAUCUAAAGUCAUAUGGAUUGUAUUAAUAUAUAGGAGCCAAGACAUGAACUCAGGUCUUCUUAUGCAAAAUCCCAUGAUCUUUCCACUGAGUCAAGUCCUAGACUCCUCCUUGGAACCCCUGGCAGAAACCAGAACACACACUGGGCCUGUCCAGCCCAGCUCACUGUCUUGUGGGGAACACAGAGCCUUGGAGAGUGCAGUGGCAGGGUAGGGAAGACAUGACAAAGAACGUGGAGCAGGUUUCUGCCCCUAAAGAGCACCUCGUCUGGAGUAAGGUGAAGGUCAGACACACCCCAAACCAGACAGAGUCAGGGCAGCAUGGAGGCAGGUGGACAGAGCUCUAGGUCCCCAAGCUGGGGACAGAGAAGGCUCUGAGCUGAGAGGAGGAGAUGGCUGACCACUGGGUCUCAGAAGCAGCCAUUCCCACAUUCCCACUUUGCGCCAAAUGACUUCGCACCUACAAAUGUUGCUUUGAUGUUGUUUUUUAUCUUUAAGUUGUGAUUUUGUAUAUAUCUACAAUGCCUCCUAGCUAGAUUGUAAGCCCUAUGGGGGCAGGGAUCCUUCUAGUUCUUGGAUGACAUUCUCCCAUCUACCUUCCUUCAUCUGUCUUGUCUAGCACAGUGCUCUGCAUAUAGUAAGCACUCAAUAAAUGCUCAUUUGCCAA